CAUCUUCAAUAUCAACUUCAAUAUCAACUUCGUCACAUUGUCGCAUACCGCUAUCCUCCAUCAAGACGCCAAGAAAUAACACCAUUGGAUUUUAGAGUGUUAUUUGCUUGUUCAUUUGUCCAAUAUGGCAACACAUUUCCGGGGCAUGCAAGUCCAUGCUGUCCCAGAGUCAGAACGCGCAACAGAUGCGAACGGUCGGAAACUGCCCUGGGCAUAUGAGUACGCUGAUGCUGACGGCGUCCAUCCACGGAUACCCGAGGAGCGGGGACCCUUCGGAAAGCCCGUCCAGUCCAAGGCUCGGAGCACGACUCGACGGACCACUCCGGCGAAGAGCAAGGAAGACAAGUUCAAGGAGGAGAACAAAAAGUUCGAGGACGACCUCUUCAAUAGCCUGAAAGACAAGGAGCGGAAAAAGGCGCAGACCAUGGCCGCGCGAGAUCGACGGGCUGCACCACCGAUCACCAAUGUGGCAGCUCCUGGGGUUGUCGAAAGUGCAACGGCUCAGAAUCAGCACGAGAGGACGCAACCAACGAACGGAGAACCCACCGAGGUCGUUCUAUAUGGCUUCCCCCCACAAUUUCAAUACGCGGCGAUCGAGUUCUACGAGCGCGUCUCCAGCGGCAUGAUCUACGAGGACUACGACCGCCACCCACCGAACUCGAAAUACAGCCUCUCCCUCACCGUCGGCCGCGCCCAGAUGCUCCCCAAACUAACCAAUGACGCCCUGCGCAAACGCAACCAAUACCGCGGCGGCGACACUUGGAUCAAAAUCACAUUCAACUCCCGCAACGCCGCCGAGCGGGCCUGCCACUACUCCCCGCACACCAUCCACGGCUACCGCAUCCACGCCGAGCUCUACCGCGGCCACCCCCCCACCGUCCCCGACCUCCCCAUCGCCGCCACCCCGCAAACCACCCACCUCAUCACCCAGAUCUCCCCCUCCAACACCAUCUCCUCAUCCACCGCCGCCUCUGGCACCGCGACCGGCGUCGACCUCAACCCGCACCCUUCGCCCAUGGACGACGUGUUCAUGACCGACGCGCCCUUCGAGCUCCGCGAGCGCCCGACCGACCCCCGACCACGACCCUCCACCGACCCGCCGGCGCCCCCCGCCGACUCCCGCCGCGUGAAGUCCAAACCCGCGCCAAAAACCCGUAUCGAGGGUGCCAAGCGCGCGGUCCUCCGUCCGGCGUCCGAGGCGCUGUUGCCGGCGCGGUCGCGGUGGUAUCGACUGGCGCAGCGACUCCCGAUUAUGAGCUCGUUGGUGGGGAAGGAUCUGAUCGGGGGGGAGGUGCCGCGGUUGGAGGACGGGGGGUUCGAUUGGGGGAAUGCGAGUUUGUAUUGGAAGUUUUGGGCGAGUGUGGAUUGGUGGGUUGGGACAGAUUUUUGUGGGAUUAAGGGGGAUGAUUGAGUGGGUGGAGGGUGAUGGUUUCGGGUGGUGUCAUGGUGCAUUCUGGUUGGCAUUGAUGGGGCGUAAUAUUUUGGUUUGUGAAUAUGGGCUGGAUCGAGGGGUGAAGGGCCUCUGUGUAAUACCCAUAUCGAUAGAUGGAAACGCAAUCUCGAAUCUGUCUAUAAAACGCUGGGCAUUUGCUUGAUCCAGUUGCUUGAAUUCAUUCCAAAAAUCGCCGUCUCUGGCCCUAGACACCUAAAACUCCCCCUUCUAAUCCAAGGACGAGCGUCGGUGUAUCAACACAGUGUAUCGACACAUCAUCCAACGGUUCUGCCCCCCCAAAAUAGGUAAUCACAAAAG